AUGUAUCUUAUUGCAGGACUGGAAGGUGGUAGGGACCAAGCUCGAGUACUGUGGGAGGCGGGCUUUCCUGCGUCUCCCGGGGUGGACAACAACACGGCUAUCCCAGAAACGCGGCCGACUGUAGAUGAGGAGAGUGCAGCAGGAGGGAGGAAAGUGAAAGUACAAAGACAUGAAUUAAAAGACGGAAUUAGAAAGAAGAUGAUGGCGCGAAGAAAAUACACCAAAGGCACAAGUGUAAACGGUGUCUAUAAGGCGAAAAACGGUGAAGGGAAGAUAGAGAUAAGGCAUAGACACGAGCCUCUAAUGCCACAGGAUAACAGCAGCAGACAGGUGAAUCUAAAGAGAACAAGAUCGAUGAAGAUGAAGAAGGAAGGAGGAACUAACAGAGUACUGCCACUGAAGACCAAGGAUCGGGACUCUACUCAGCAGAAGCAGACGGUGACACUAGGAGACACUAACGCUGAGGGACAAGAGGGUGACAAUGUCGACGGGGAAGAGUACGACGUUUAUGAAGACACUGGAGAGGGAAGCGAUUAUAUUGAGACUCCAGCAGAAGGAAGUGACGAUAACGAGACUGCAGGAAACGAAGGUGAAGGUGUUGAGGGAGGCACAGAAGGUGACUCGGGUACUGAGGGGCAAGCAGGCGAUGGUGGCGACGCCGAGGAGUACGAUGCGUAUGAGGACACUGGCACAGAAGAAGGAAAUGACAACGACGGAGCCACAGGAGAUGAAGGUGAAGGUAUUGACGGAGGCACAGAAGAAGGCGACUCGGGUACUGAGGGUCAGGCCGGAGAGACUGCAGGUGGUGUCGUCGAGGAGGAGUUUGAGAACCAAGACGCUACAGGAGACGCUAUUGAUCAAGUAACAGGAGAGACGGACGUGGAGUUCGUCACUGUGUUCGUGGAAGGUGAGGGAAAAAUAUUUGUUCGGUAG